UCAGCACACAGCUUUCCUCUACCAGUCAGUCAAUGUUUAACCUAGAUGACUGUGGAGAAAGGAGUCGCUAUCCCACCUGCUGAAGGAGGCUUUUAUUGUCUGUGUGUGCUGUGAACCACAGCGUCUCAGUCUGAGCAGGAACACACACACACACACACCCUCGGGACUCCAUGAGGUCCUCCACAGGCUGCCAGGAUGCAAUGGAAUUUCCACGUUUCACCUUCAAUCCAAAGGAAGGGAUAGAUAAUCCAGCUCUGGUCAUCACUGAUGAUCCUGAGCCUGAUCAGAGCCCCAUGCCCAGACUGUGCCAACUGAAGCGUCUGGAGGGGCAGAGCUUUGGUUUCUAUCUGCACAUGGACCAGCGCAGCCAAGGCUUUGAGAUCAGAGAUGUUGAGCCUUGGAGUCCUGCAGAGCACAGCGGCCUCAGAGACGGAGACCGAGUGCUGGAGGUCAACGAAGAAUAUGUGGACAACAUAGACUUCUACAGGAUGGUGAGGAAGAUCCAGUCAUGCAGCUUACACUUGUUCCUCCUGGUGUUGAGGAAGGAAGAGUACGAACAGUCACUGUCUCUUGGCAUGGACCUGCAGAUGCUGGCCAAGGCCUCCAAAGGGGACCGCUGGUCGAGACCCAGACUGUGUCACAUCAGCAGACACCCGGUACAUGGCCUGGGGAUAACCAUCGUCUCAGUGGAAGGUCAGAAGGGCCAGUAUACUGUGAGCACAAUGACUGAUGGUCCAGCAGAGAACGCUGGUGUAUGCACUGGAGACAAACUGAUCUGGAUCAAUGGAGCCAUGGUGUCAACGCUCACACACUCCACUCUCAACAGAACUGUGAAGAAGAGUGGUGACUCAGUGACGGUGCUUGUCAUUGACCGUGAGAGUGAGUCUUGCUAUGUCAGGAGGAAGAUGCCCAUCCUGCCUGUGGUGGCACAAUGCUGCGGCCUCCCCCACACUGCCAAAACCAUGCAUCUGGUUAAAGGACGUGAUGGAUACGGCUUUCUGCUGAGACAAGAGAAGUUGGCAGGCACUCGACGGAUAGUUCAUGUGCUGAGGGAGGUGGAUGUGGGAAGUCCAGCUGAGGGGGCAGGUAUGGAGGAUGGAGACCUGCUGCUAGCUGUCAAUGGGAAACCUGUUGAGUCUAUGGAGCAUGAGGACAUCGUCAAAAAGAUUAGACAGAGUGGUGAUAAAGUCAUCCUCACCUCUAUAUCUAUACGAGGAAGAGACUUUUACAGAGAGUUAGGUAUCUCUCCUUUAUUGUUCCAUGACAAAUGUACACUCCAGUAUGACAGGGAGCAGACUGUCUCCCACUGCACCAAGAACCAGAGUGAAACCCCUCUGAGAGAGGGAGAUGGAUGUCUGACAUAUCCCACAAUGUAUGUUCAGGACAUAGAGGAGGCAGGCUCUGGUUUCCACUCAAACUGUUCCCUGGAUCAGUCAGGAACUUUAACCACACAGCUGUCAGAGAGAACAUGUGAUGCUUUCUUGUGAUCAAAAUGAACAGAAGACGAAUGACAUCAGCAGACAAGGGAAGACGAAGAGCUCAAGUCAUAGCAAAUGAUUUUACAGCAGACUGAGGUUAGAUGCUUGGGGAUUAAGUUGUGUUAUUGCUUGCUCAUUAGAUUUUUUCUAAAUCAGUUACCAAAAUCACCUCUGUGUAAUUGUCUUCUGGGACCAGGUGUUGGCACUGGAUGCUCCACCGAAUCUACAGUAUAAUGAGAUCACAUGAAUUUUCUUUUUAACCUUGUAAUCCCCAAAUGUAUAUUUUGAUUCAUAUUUUUUGUUAAUUAUAAACAAUGGUCAUUAUUUUGUGUGAAGCUUACUGUAUGAUAUAAACUGUGGAAUAGCUUUAAAGGAGACCUAUUAUGCUUUUCUGUAUUUUCUGUCAUAUCUAUAAUGUUACCAUCUCAGAUGUUAAACGUGUCCAAAGCUAUAAAUGAUGAGGUAAACACACCAGGUAAAACCUCAGAUUUCCCACUGUUCUGUUCGCUCUAGUCUUAACAGUUCUUUCUACUCUCUGCUCCAUAUCAUGUCAUACCGAGCCGGGUUUCCAUAUAUGGUCAGUGUUUACGUUACGCUACAUGUUUUCACAUGCUAACGCCAGGGAAAGCUGUAAUCUUGGCUGGCGAUGUUAUUUUCUCCAAAGAUUUGGUCACAUUUCUGCUGGAACAUGUCCGGUUGUGUAAUUAUUAGUUUAGAAGCAUUUAUUGGUGAUUUUUCACGGUACAAAGUCCUGCUGUAUACCCCACUGCAGUCAGUCUCCGACUGGAAUGGACUGUACAGAGGCAGCAACAGCAAAGCUGUGGAGGAAGCUCCACAGCGCGGGGGAGGAAGGUCUGGCUAGUCCAGACAGCAUUCCGGGAUGGGAGAAAAACGUGCUCUUGUUUAUUGGCAUUUCUUUAAACCAAUCACAAU